UCCUGGGCGCCGACCGCUGUGCCGAACCGCCAUGCGGACCGCUAUGCCGACCGCAGUUCGAUAUCCAGGGCGCAGGCCGCUGGGCCGACCGCCGUACCGACCGCCGUACCGACCGCCGUACCGACCGCCGUGCCGACCGCCGUUCGAUAUCCAGGGCGCAGACCGCGCAUCCUGGGUGCCAACUGCCGUACCGACCGCCGUUCAAUAUCCUGUGUGCCGACCGCCGUGCCGACCGCCGUUCAAUAUCCUGGGUGCCAACCGCCGUACCGACCGCCGUUCAAUAUCCUGGGUGCCGACCGCCGUGCCGACCGCCGUUCAAUAUCCUGGGUGCCAACCGCCGUACCGACCGCCGUUCGAUAA